CUCGUAAUUGCGGAAGUGAAACUUGAACAGUUGAAGUACACCCUGUUGUCUCUGACAAUCGGUGUUGCUCUUGUAGCGUCAGGAAACUAAUAUCUCUGUCUUUGUCAUGUCUUUGUCAUUCGAGGGAAGGGUCGUGCUUGUCACUGGGGCCGGAGGAGGCAUUGGCAGAGAAUAUGCACUGGCUUUUGCUGAAAGAGGUGCCUCAGUUGUAGUGAAUGACCUUGGGGCAGACAUUAAAGGGGGCGGAAAGAGUUCUGCAGCUGCUGAUAAGGUGGUGGAGGAGAUAAGAGCGAAGGGAGGCAAGGCCGUGGCAAACUAUGAUUCUGUAGAAGAUGGAGAAAAAUUGAUCCAAACAGCAUUGGAUGCAUUUGGAAGAAUAGAUGUUGUUGUAAACAAUGCUGGGAUACUUCGUGACCGAUCAUUUGCCAGGACAAGUGAUUUGGACUGGGACCUGAUUCAAAGAGUUCAUUUGAGAGGCUCCUUCUUGGUAACUCGAGCUGCCUGGAACCAUAUGAAAAACCAAAAGUUUGGCAGAAUCAUCAUGACGGCUUCAGCAGCAGGCAUCUAUGGUAACUUCGGCCAGGCCAACUACAGCGCUGCCAAGCUGGGCAUGCUGGGGCUGGCAAACACCUUGGCCAUCGAGGGAAGCAAGUACAACAUCCAAUGCAACACUAUUGCGCCUGUUGCUGGGUCACGCCUCACAGAGACAGUCAUGUCCCCAGACCUUUUGGCGUUUCUGAAGUCUGAGUAUGUUGCUCCCUUGGUCCUCUGGCUCUGUCAUGAACAAUGUCAAGAAAAUGGAGGACUGUUUGAGGUUGGUGCAGGCUGGAUUGGUAAAUUGCGCUGGGAGCGUUCCCAGGGCCACAUUGUGAGACAGAAGAACCAACCCAUGACUCCUGAGGCUGUCAGGGACCAGUGGGACAAAAUCUGUGAUUUUACAGAUGCCACUAAGCCUGCUAGCGUACAAGAGUCUCUACAGUCAAUUAUUAGUGUGCUGUCUCGAGUGGAGUCGGAGGGAGAAGUCUGUGCGAAUCCAACAGCUGCUGCAGCCUCGCCUUCAGGGAUCAAUCCUACUGAGGCAGUGGGACAAAAACUACCACUGAUCACGUUCACCUUCACCCACACCCAGUGUGUCCUCUAUGCAUUGGGGGUCGGCAUGUCCACCAAGGACCCAGACCAUCUUAGGUUCCUGUAUGAAGGCCAUCAAGACUUUGGCUGCCUUCCCACCUUCGGGGUCAUUCCCGCCCAGGCAGCCAUGAUGGGUGGCGGGCUGAGCUCAGUCCCUGGACUCAACAUAGAUUUUACACAGGUAUUGCAUGGAGAGCAGUAUCUGGAGCUUUACAAACCUUUACCAACCUCAGGUAAACUUACCUCUGAGGCCACCGUAGCAGACGUUUUGGACAAAGGAUCCGGAGCCGUCAUUCUCUUGGAUGUAAAUACAUACAGUGGCGACGAGCUGAUCUGCUACAACCAGUUUUCCGUGUUUGUGGUCGGAGCUGGAUGGUUUGGAGGGAGGAGAACCUCUGAGAAAGCCAAAGCUUCUCUGCCUCUACCUAAACGGGCACCAGAUGCUGUGGUGAUUGAUUCUACCACAAGAGACCAAGCGGCCUUGUACCGUCUGAGUGGAGACUGGAACCCUCUUCAUAUAGACCCCAGCUUUGCUGCCAUGGGAGGCUUCAAGGCUCCGAUUCUGCAUGGCUUGUGCUCAUUUGGCUUCGCUGCGAGACACGUCCUCAAGCAGUUUGCCGGCAAUGACCCCUCCAGAUUCAAGGCUAUCAAGGUUCGCUUUGUGAAGCCGGUGAUGCCCGGUCAGUCACUACAGACUGAGAUGUGGAAGGAAGGCAACAGAAUUCACAUCCAAUGCAAAGUGAAGGAGACAGAUGUCGUCGUGCUAGCUGGGGCCUACGUGGAUUUACAUGGCACAUCAGAGGCUUCUCCAGAAAAUCUCCCUCAAGGAGGAGGCCUUCAGAGUGAGCUGGUGUUUGCAGAGAUCGGUCGUCGUAUUAAAGACUUGGGCUCAGAGUUGGUCAAGAAGGUGAACGCUGUGUUUGGCUGGGAGAUCACCAAAGACGGCAAGAACGCUGCACAGUGGACCAUUGACCUGAAGAACGGCUGCGGCUCCUUGCAUAAAGGCCCUUACAGCGGGAAGGCGGAUGUGACCAUCACAGUGUCGGAUGAAGACUUCAUGGAGGUGGUGCAGGGGAAACUCAACCCUCAGAAGGCGUUCUUCUCUGGCAAGCUGAAGGUUAGAGGGAACAUCAUGCUGAGUCAGAAGCUGGAGGUCAUCCUGAAGGACUAUGCCAAGCUGUGAGCGCCUCAGCCAACCAAUCGGAUGAAUCCAGGAACUAACCAACCUACCAGCUCUCGCCGUCUGUCUACUUUUCUUGCCCUGAUUCGUGUGUGCACUUACAUGCUUUGCCUCUCAAAGGAAAUGCAUGAAGAAUUACCCAGUAAGAUUAGUACUACUUCAGAAUGUAUUCGCUCAUAUAAAUUAAUUCACUGUAGUUAUGAAAUGUACAAAAACUCCUUGAUCAGAGGUUUUCUUCAUUGUAUCACAUGGAUCCAGAUAUACUUUAAAACUUUUAAACAAUGUUUUGUCAUGUAGUCAGUCAUAGCAGUGAAGAGAGAAGAAGCAAUAAUUCAGUGUCAUUUCAGCUGGUUAGAGUUUACCUGGCUGGGUUCCUGCUAAAUGCCCACUCAACACACAUUGCCUUUUAAAGAUCCAAAUAAGAAAUUAACCAUUGGUUUUCAUAAAUAUAAUUCAAUUUCACUUAAAAAGUCUCUUUUUCUAAGAUAUACAAUAUGUAUCACAAGCAUCUACUACAGUGAACCAAAUGUUUGCCUAACAUUGGGUGAAUGCACUGCAUGAGGUGAUAACAAUUCCAAUCUAAACCAGCUUUAAAGCUCAGUCUGACUUAAGUCAUAAUUCAGUGAUCUGUUAUUUCAUUCUAAUGACUAAUUCACCACACUGUCAGAGACAGUUUUAUGUACCUGAUACUGCAAUCUCAACCGAAACUUAAUCAGAUGUAUUAAUGUAGAGUUUACUAGUUAUGAAAAUUAUUCACUUAAUUUUGAAUAAUGUCAACGCAAUUGUAAAGAAAUUCAAUGGUUGCUCUUGUACGAAAUAAAGUAUUUCAGCCUAAAAUGUAAUUUCUAUAUGUUUAAUACAUAAUACAGCUCGCCUUGGCCCUUAUGGAGAUUUAUAGUGAGUUUCAGCUCAUUGUUUAGCUGUUCGGCCUGCAACUUUACUGUUCUGGUUCACUCUCACUGCUCUCAUUGCGUUGUUUUCGGCCGCAGCAGGCAGCUGUUUACAGUGACAAGGCUCUAAAAACCCACUGUACACUACCUGCUCAGCACCCAACAGCAGACACACUUAGAGACUAGCUGGUGAACAUAGUGGAGCAUUUAGCAGCUAAAGAGACAGACAUUUCCCUCAGGAGUUGGUAGAGACCAAAAACAGAGCUAUAAGAGUCAAUAUUAGACUUACAUUUGCCUGAUGGACGUAAAAACAGGACUCAAAAUGAAUGAUAAUGUUGCUCUGCAACUGCUAAAUGUGUUCACAUUCACAUUCAAGUUCAUCAUAUCGACUUAAAAGCUGAGGUUAUGUCAAGGUGCAAAUACUGUAAGUUGUUGCAGGUCCCUUGUGGAGUCUUUGACCACCAGUUGCACUGUGGAGCAAUGUUUUAUGAAAAAGUCAAAAACAGUUUUAUGUACCCGAUGCUACAAUCACAACAGAAAUUGUUAAUCAGUGCAAUUAUGAUGAAUGUCAAUGGUUUUGUUUGCUCUUUAAUGAAAACAGUUAUUCAGACUAGAAAACAUUUAAAUAUAUUUCUUUAAAAUAUUUACUAUGGACAGUAAUUGUUGCAAAGUUUAAAUAUACUUGUAUCUAAUAAACAUGUGGCUCUUUAGUUUGAGAUGAGGUAGGGUUAUUUUCCAUCAUUUACAAGGUCACAUGGUUUUCAUAUGAAAUGUACUGCAGACUGGGUAAUGGACCUCCAAAUGUCAAAACUGGGAAGUAAUGAGUACAUUAUUGUACAGUAUAUCUCACCCAACCUGUAGAAGCUGUGUGGAUGUUCUUAUAUUUCCCCUAAUUUGUGACAGUUUGUAAAUGGCAUCCCACUGAAGCUGAGACAAUGUGAAAGAGAGAACAUUGAUGUAAUGUUUGUUCAUCGCAAAAAUGCACUGUUAAGAUCAAUGGUCACCUGUUUUCAAAAUUGCAAAAAACAUCUGCUCGUGUUACAUCAUUUUUAAAAAUUACGUCGGUACAUUUUCUGUAUAUAAUACGUCGACAUCUUCAUUAUAAAAUUAGAAUAAUUGGAUCAAAUUCACAUUUGGAAGAUUAAAGAGAAGUCAGAGUUGAAUGUGAUUUGGUUCUUUUUGAUUAAACCAAGUGAGUUUGUUUAAUCUACUCACGCAAUAGCUACACACUGAUCUGUUUGUGAUGUGAGUCUUUAAAGGAAAAUAAACAGUAUUUGGGACUUGA